UACAAAUUUAUACAAAUUUAAUUUUAAAAUAUUAAUUUCUGUUGAUUAGUUUAGAAGAGAUGCAUAAAAUAGAAUUAAAAGCUUACCAAGAUGAUUGUGAAAAAUGGAGAGAAGAAGUUUUAUGUUUAAAGACGUUUGUAUCAAAGUUUCAAGGAAGUACAUCAGAAAAAAGUGCAGAUUUACAAAAAUUAAUUAAAGAUAAAGAUAAUAGAAUUCAUGAAUUAACAGUUCAUUUACGACAAUUAAAAAUAGCAGCAAGAAAAAAAGAAAAUAACGAAACACCUCGUCUUCAAGAAGAAGAAAACGCAAAAAAAGAAAUCCAAAAAGAACUAGAAGUUGUAAAGAAAAAGUGUGAAAAUUUAUUAACAAAAGAAAAAAAUUAUCGAGAAGAAAUAAGAAAUUUAAAAAGUCAAUUAAUGAAACGACCGAUCUCCUCAUCAUUAUCAUCGCAAAAAUCGGACAUAAAAGAUCAGCUUUAUAAAAAAAUUACAUCCCUUGAAAACGAAAAUUUAGAAUUAAAAGAAAACCUUCGACAGCAAUUUCAAAUCAACGAAACUCAUCGUAUAAAAGUUGCCGAAGAUUUCGAUAAAUGGAACAAGCAAAAACAGUUUCAACAAACGGCCGAUAAAUUAAAAAUCAAACUAAAAGAGAAAUCGGAAGAAUGCGAAAAAUUACAACAAACCUCGGCCGGUUAUCGAAUAUUAAUCGAAAAAUUAGAACGGGAAAAACACGCGUUAGAAAUGAAAAUAAAAAAUUUCAAAACAACUUCAGAAACUACCAACAAAAACGAGUUAUUACAGAUUGAAAAUGCGAGACUUUCGGCGGAAAUCGAAGCGGUUAAUGCUAAAUAUGAGAUGGCUCAACAUCAUUCGGGCGGGUUAGGUGCUGUUAUGUUGCAGGAGAAAUUGGAGGCGCAAGAAAGAAAGAUUGCUAUUUUGGAAUUAGCCGGAAAGGUAAGAUUUUUUUAAUUUUAAAUUUAAAAGUUGUUCCAACGCUAUAUUCGUUCCAUUUCAAUCCAAACCCCAUUAGCCGGGGCCAAGGUGAUUCCCUUCGUUUCCAUCUUUAACGGCAAUAUCGUUUUUUCACUUAAUUUGAAUUUAAAACUUUUUAAUAAAACGACUAACGCUAGUUUUGAUUGAACAGUUGCAAAUUUCA